UAUAUCUUGUCAGUAGAAAUACAAACAAUUAAAAAUAAUUUUUCCAAUUGGCGAUUUCGUUCGGUCAAGUUUACCCUGGGAUACGAAUCCCAGAUCGAGGUUGCGUCUGCGUACACUACGUCGCGGAUGUUAGUCAUGUUUUUAAAAGUGGGUCGCGAUUGUCGCGAUUCACGAAUCGUGAUCAACACACACGUUUACGGUUUAUCGCUGUGGUGGUCAGCAUUUGUCGAAUAAUUGACAGUAGUCAAGUGUUUUUGCGUAAUUUUGCGAUCAUUAUUGACAUUAUUGCUGAUGGAAUGGGACCUCUACCCGUAGUCACUGGAAUAUCACCCAAGGAAGGUCCACCCGGCACUCGGGUGAUAGUGCGUGGCGAAUUUUUAGGGAAUAAAUCUCAGGAUCUUAUAGGAUUGACUAUAUGUGGAUGUGACUGUCUGCUUUCGGCCGAAUGGAAGUCAUCGAACAAAAUUAUAGCGAGAUCAGGGCCUUGCAAAGGUCGCGGAGAUAUAAUAGUGACAACUCGAAGCGGAGGACAGGGGACCUCGACCGUACAGUUUCGGGGUUAUCACGAGACUAUAGGCCCGAUGAAGGAGUCGGCAGUAUGGGUGGAGGAAGCACCUAUGCAGAGUUUGGGCUGGGGUAGAAGGGCUUUGUCACCUACAAACUAUCAACAGGAAGAUCCUUUGGGGCUUAGUGUAGAAGGCAAUGACAAAAAAUUUCCUGAGGAUGAGCUGAUUGAACUUUUUGGAGAUGGAAGUGGAGAUCUUACGAGUGAAAAAUUUCAUCCGGGAUGGUUUUUACUUCAGCAUCAUCAUGCCACCACUUUGGAAGAUUUAAAGGCUGGUUUAGCUUAUCUUCGAAGAAAAGUCAACUCUCAAAAGGAAGGACAAUUGUCAUUUUUAAAGGCCAAUGUAGGAGCGGUAAUGGAGCAACUUGACACGAUAAUGUUGUUAAAAGAUCAAUUUGAAGCAGAUAUGAAGAGCUACGGUAGCGAUCCUACGGAGAAAUUGGAAACAGCUAUCAGGCAGUCUAUGUCUGAGGCUAAUAAAUUAUUUGAUGAUGUAUUAGCGAGGAGGGAUAGAGCUGAUGCCACGCGUAACGCGUUGGCCGUUAUGCAACGUUACAAAUUUCUCUUUUGUAUGCCGAUAAACAUCGAGAGAAAUAUCAAGCGUGGCAAUUAUGAUCUCGUAAUUAACGACUAUGCCAGAGUUAAGAAUCUAUUUAAGAAUACAGAGAUAGAUGUCUUUAAAAAGGUACUGGAGGAAAUCGACGGUAGAAUCAAUAAUUUUAAAGUGUUGUUACGGAAAAAAUUACAAGAGAUGCCAUUUAGCUUAGAGGAGCGUAAGAAGAUUAUUAGAAAUCUCGUCAACCUUGAUGCCGAAGGUGACCCAGCGUGGGAUGCAAUAGUUUCACAUGCAAAUUACUUAGAGAAAAGCGUUGCCAAUGCUGUAUAUGAGCAUUCGGACAGAGUUAAAAUGAAUUGUGAAGAUGCGAGCAAAAUGCCCAAGUCCACAUCGAUAAAUAUCAAGCAUUUACGCUCGCAGAAGAAUAAUGGAGAUAGUUCACCACCGCAAAUCUCGUGCGUCGAAGUAAUUUGCGAUAUUGUAGUCGAACAGUUGCCAGACCUCUGGAGAUUGGGACAGAGUUAUUUCACGGGGCAGUUACAUGUGAUGGUAGACGUGGAAAAGCAAAGUCAUUUUAAAAAUUUAGUUUUAUCGAAUAUGCAACAUGCCAUGGGAGCUAUGAAGAAUAUGUGCAGUCAUGAUGCAGAGGCAAGGUGGCUUUUACAUAUCUUACGUUGCGUUCGACAAAUGUAUGCAUCUUUGAUACAUCUGGAUUUACCUAGCGAAGCUCUCGAUAUUUUUGGAUCGUUUAUAUUGGAUUUAAGGAUACAGUGUUUGAUUGCUCUCUUCAAACAAGGAGCGGACAAUACAACAGCUCUGAGUCAAAGAGAAACGUGGCAGAUAGAAUACUUGAACGAGGACGGUGGUGUAACUAAACUGCCAUACCUCUUUGAAGAAAUAGUUUUGACGAUAUCGAGACACGCGCGAGAAACAGUAAUCGCUUGCGGUCCAAGAGAAGGGCCGUUAUUCAAUAAUCCAGCCCAUCAGAUUCUCUAUCACAAUACCAUUAAGACAUUGUUCAUAUCAUUCGCACGGUGCCUACAACAAUUGGCGUUUAGCGGCUGCGAGGAAGCCAUGGAUAACGAUGAAACAUCGGUUUCACAACUGAUCGGCUCACCUUCUGGCUAUAAAAAUAAAACCAAUAAACAUCAAGGACCAACGUGGGAGCAGUGCCUCUUAAUUUCAUUAAGUAAUAUACGAUACACGCUAAAUAUCGUUUUACCAAGAAUCGGAGAGACCCUAAAAGUGCAAGGCUACCCGGAAUUAUCCAUUGCUGCUGGAUGGAACUCCGAUUGGACACAAUUGGAAACGCUGGACAGUGCCGUUCUGGACGCAUAUCUAGAACGCCGUUGCGAUCCACUUGUCGGCACGAUAGAGCCUAGUAUGUAUUUAGGCGGUUUGGAAUGGGACUUUGACACGGAGCCGACCCAUUUGAAACCGUAUGCCCAAGAAAUAUUGGCGAAUCUAAUCGCGGUACACGCAGAGGUACGCAGAGUUGCACCAGCUUUGUUACAACGGAUUCUGUCUCAUAUAAUAGAGACCAUAGCGGAGGAACUUGCGCGACUCAUGUCGUGUGUUACGCAAUUUCGUCCUGCCGGAAUUGUUCAAGCUCGAACGGAUAUAAUACUCUUGAGAAAUGCCCUGCAAGCUUACAGCACAAGUAGAGCGAGAAGCUUUUUUGAGGAAGCUCUGGAUGCGAUACCUCAGCCCGUGAACAAAGAAGAUCGCAUGAGAAUAGAUGCUCUUUUGUCAAAAGUCGCAACGUGCAUGCGACUGCAGUUGUCAUGUCUUACCAGCGAGGUAACGGAAAAUGUUCGUAAUUUAACGACGGAUCCUGAACGCGUUACUAUUGUGUAAUAUAUAACGACCAAAGUAGUACGUAAUGAUUGGACGGAGACAUUGUAAAUUAUUAAAAGAGUUCUAUUGUAUUUACGUAAACACACAAUGUAGUGCAUUAUGUACAAUGGAUGCGAAAUGUCGAAUUCUCGAAUUCUUGCCAUUUUUAUUUUGAUUGCAAUCAGUGUAAAAUAGACUUCAUUAUAUAAUCAA